AUGCCCGUUCCUUUCGAAAGCUUGAUUCCCUAUGGCAUCAUCGUCGUGAUGUUCGGGGUGUCGGGCGCUGGAUUAAACAAGAUCAAAAACAUGCAGAGCGGUGGCAAGAGGCACAGGUGGUCAAUUGACCAGUGGGACAAGUACGACGACGCCUCCCGAUCCGAACGAACUAGCGUGUGGUACUGA